GUCCUCGGGAGGCCUCGUCUUGCUCUAACUGACUUUUUGUACUGCCGCUUUCUUUCAUUUGUUGGACAUCAUAGAUCCUCUUGUGUUUCUUAAGAACCAUCCACUAUAUCAAGUCACCCUUGCCUUCCCUUAUAGACACAUAGACACACUUCCCUACUGCCAACUUUCAUCAUGACUCAAAUGAAAGUCCCCCCAACCUCUACCACAACCCUGAAGCGGUUCCCUCAUAUCCAUGAUGACCCUGCUACCCUUCCCCGGUCCUUGGACCCCUUCACCAUCACCACUUCCACUGGCUUUCUACCCUACCGCACCUCUCCUGCUACGCUGCCGGAUGCCUUCAAGCCGUUAAUGGACUUGUUGGACCGCAUGCCUGUCGUCAGGCUGGAUGGCACCCCCGGUCUGCUGGCCAAGUAUGAACUGGGCCCUGCUGUUGAGACCGAGCUUCCUGACCUGACUGACGAGGUCGACAAGCUUGUCACUGCUGACGGCUCCCGGGACCUUUACAUGAACGGGUAUGGGCUGGGACGGGACAAGCUGCCCAAGGCUGUCGCCCGUCCCAUGUACCACUGUGCUCAGUUGUUGGACAUCCCUCCAUUCAUGUCCUAUGCUGCUGCUUAUUCGCUCUUCAACUACCAUCUUGCGGACCCAUCCAAGGGCUUGGUGUAUGACAACCUCCGCCUGGUGAGAGCUUUUGAGCGCGGCCUCGACCCCAAGAGCUCCGAGGCAGGCUUUAUCCUUACUCAUGUCGACAUGGUCAAGGAGUCCAAUGGCCUGAUCAGUGGCGCCCUCAAGGUCGUCGAUACCCUUGAGGGAGGUGGCCCCCGCUCCGUGGUCAACGACGGCUUCCGAGAGAUCCUCGCGUCCAUGGAGAAGAUUGAAGCCUCCAUGGAGGACAUGUGGGCCAACUCCAAGCCCGCAGAAUACCUCUCCUUCCGCGUCUUCAUCUUCGGCAUCACCUCCCAAUCCAUGUUCCCCAACGGCGUCAUCUACGACGGCGUCCUAGACAACAAACCCCUCUAUUUCCGCGGAGAAAGCGGCGCCAACGACAGCAUGAUCCUGUACGAGUUCCGCGCCUACAGACCCCUCCCCCACCGCGAAUUUCUCGCCUACAUCAACUCCAAGGCGGCCGAAGUCGACGUCCGCAGCUUCGCCGUCCAAGACACUGAGACUACCGUCCUGCUUCUUAAGACCUUGAACCACGUUCGCAGCUUCCGCUGGCGCCAUUGGCUGUUUGCUAGGGAGUAUAUCAUCAAGCGGACGCCGCAUCCCACUGCUACGGGUGGCAGCCCUAUCGUCACGUGGCUUCCGAACCAGUUGUCGGCGGUGAUGGAUCUGAUGGUAUCGAUCUAUGAUACUUAUCUGGCGCCGCAGAAGGCGGCGGGAGUUGUCUCGAAUGGCCAUCUUGCGUAUGAUGCGACGGUGCAGAAGCAGGUGGAGCCUAUGAUGGAAAUGGUGCGCGAUCAGAGGGAGAAACUGGCGAGGGAGGUCGAGAGGUGGUGCAAGGAGCGGGGUGUUUAAUGUCCAUAGAUUGUUAUAGUUACACAGUUGUGUCUGUUUGCCCGCUCGAACCCCUGCCACUGCUACGGCUUUUCCUGUGUAGAUGGUGUUACCAACUCCAUCCAUAUGAUGUCCGUUCCGUUUGAUGAGACCUGCUCUGUUUUGUCUAGAAGAUCAUCUAGUAAUACACGUUCCGCAAAA